AUGCCACUACAACCACAGUCCUACCUACAAAUGCCACUUCAACCACAAGCCAAGCUACUAAACCCAGCUACUAAUGCUACUUCAAAUGCCACUUCAACAACAAUCUUACCUACAAAUGCCACUUUGACAAUCCUACCCACAAAUGUCACUUCAACUGCAGUCCUACCUACAAAUGCCACUUUAACCACAAUCCUAACUGCAAAUGCCACUUCAACCACAAUCCUACCUACAAAUACCACUUUGACAAUCAUACCCACAAAUGCCACUUCAACCACAAUCCUACCUACAAAUGCCACUUCAACCACAAGCCAAGCUACAAAUGCCACUUCAACCACAAUCCUACCUACAAAUGCCACUUUAACCACAAGCCAAGGUACUAAUGCCACUUUGACAAUCCUACCCACAAAUGCCACUACAACCACAGUCCUACCUACAAAUGCCACUUUAACCACAGUCCUACCUACAAAUGCCACUUCAACCCCAAUCCUACCUGAAAAUGCCACUUUGACAAUCCUACCCACAAAUGCCACUACAACCACAGUCCUACCUACAAAUGCCACUUUAACCACAAUCCUACCUACAAAUGCCACUUUGACAAUCCUACCCACAAAUGCCACUUCAACCACAAGCCAAGCUAUUAAUGCCACUUUGACAAUCCUGCCCACGAAUGCCACCUCAACCCCAGUCCUACCUACAAAUGCCACUUCAACCACAAUCCUACCUACAAAUGCCACUUUAACCACAAGCCAAGGUACUAAUGCCAAUUUGACAAUCCUACCCACAAAUGCCACUUCAACCACAGUCCUACCUACAAAUGCCACUUCAACCACAAGCCUACCUGCAAAUGCCACUUCAACCACAAUCCUACCUACAAAUGCCACUUCAACCACAAGCCAAGCUAUUAAUGCCACUUUGUCAAUCCUGCCCACGAAUGCCACCUCAACCCCAGUCCUACCUACAAAUGCCACUUCAACCACAAUCCUACCUGCAAAUGCCACUUCAACCACAAGCCCAGCUACUAAUGCUACUUCAAAUGCCACUUCAACCACAAUCCGACCUACAAAUGCCACUUCAACCACAAUUCUACCUACUAAUGCCACUUUGACAAUCCUACCCACAAAUCACACUUCAACCACAGUCCUACCUACAAAUGCCACUUCAACCACAAUCCUACCUACAAAUGCCACUUUAACCACAAGCCAAGGUACUAAUGCCACUUUGACAAUCCUACCCACAAAUGCCACUUCAACCACAGUCCUACCUACAAAUGCCACUUCAACCACAAUCCUACCUGCAAAUGCCACCUUAACCACAAUCCUACCUACAAAUGCCACUUUGACAAUCCUACCUACAAAUGCCACUUCAACCACAAUCCUACCUGCAAAUGCCACUUUAACCACAAUCCUACCUGCAAAUGCCACUUUAACCACAAGCCAAGCUACACAUGCCACUUCAACAACAAUCUUUUCUACAAUUGCCAUUUUAAAUGCAACGUCAACCGCAGUCCUACCUACAAAUGCCACUUCAACCACAAUCCUACCUACAAAUGCCACUUUAACCACAAGCCAAGUUACUAAUGCCACUUUGACAAUCCUACCCACAAAUGCCACUUCAAAUGCAGUCCUACCUACAAAUGCCACUUUAACCACAAUCCUACCUGCAACCAAGCUAUUAAUGCCACUUUGA